AUGUCGGGGGAACGUUGGGUUAGGGCAACAUGGCGGAAGGAAGAAUGGCAGCUGGGGGAGGACGGGAUCGUGACCCUGCCCGAAGGUCUUGAUGAGAUCUGGAGGCAGCGUUGUUGGGCUAGCUCAAUCCUCCCGACGUUUCUGCCAUCAAAGAUGUUGCACAAGGAUGAGCGGACGAAUGUCGAGAUUUGGGGAGCGCUGGACACGUCGGGGAAUGAUUGCUCUUGCAUUGUCCGGUAUGAAAACAGGGACGCCAUGUUCAGUCGCUUCGAGCAGCAUGUCGACUUCCUUCUCAAGUUCGAUUCUGCCUUCGUUGUGAGGUUUGCGACUGCGUUUGCUACGGAGAGUGCAGUCUGCAUGGUGCUGCAGCCGGUGCCAGGAGGGAACUUCGAGAGCCUCGUGCAGAUGAAGAACUGCGGUCCUCUUCCCGAAGCCUUUUUGUCGGAAAUCUCUCCGCAGACCGUGUGGCUGGGGUCGGACUCGCUGAAGCUGGGAAUAUGCGACAUCUUUGUGAAGCUCUCGAGUCCAGCUGAGCGUGACGAGUACCUGCAAGCUCUGCUGCUCUCCCUUCCCAGCCUGCUAUGGGCACCGGGUGGAUUCGUUCCUGAUAGGAAGUACGCGGAUGUAGCAGCAGCUCUGUGGCCCUUACGGAAAAUGAAUUACUUCAUGAAAGCUUGUACGGACCCUUCGAUCACCAUGUCUGAGCUGCUGGAGCUGGAGUUCAUAACCUUCUAUGAGAACCUGCCGUACGAGCUGCUCUACUCGUGGUACAAGAUCCAAGGAGAGUACGAGAGAUUCAAGUUUGCUCGAAAUUUCCAUCAGUCGGAGGGAGGCAAUAAGGCGGCAAUAUCCAACUGGAAUCGCUCUCGGCGGAAGAGUCAAGUGCCCAGCUCUGCGGACGCUCCUCAAAGCCCAGAGAACGCUCAGAGGUACAAGAUGAACAGACAGUGGCUGGUGAGGGAGAUGGAGCUGCUAAAUCUCAUCUCAACGCCCAACCCCGAGAAAGAGAGCGACCUGAUCAAGAGGAUCUUCAGGUCGCAUGAGAACAGCAGCGGGAUGCUGUCAGGAAGGGGUCUGCGGACAGUGUUCCUGGAGCUCAAACUCGACCACCUUGUGGAUUCGAUCUCAUGGAGGGACGUUCGUUACAUCAGCAUGGACGACUUCCUCCAGCUGUGGGAGAAUCUCAAGCUCAUGGACAUUAUCCGUGACCUGCAGAUUCAACGGCAGUCGUCACGAGGCCACGAGCACAGCCUACAGCCCUUCCUCUUCUCCUCCCCCAACGGCAGAGGAGACGCAGACGCCAAGACCUCAGAGACGAUCAAGAAGAUCCUCAAGAUCUGCAUUGAGCACUGGAAGAAGACGCUGGCAGCGCUGAGAGCGCGGCAAACCCUGAGGGAAUUCCUGAGGGUUUCCAUAUGGGGAAAAGUCGGCAAGGCCUUCAUCGAGAGGAACUUCGAGGACUGGCACGUGCACGUCAUGACGAGGAGGCUGGGGGAGAAGAGAGACGAGCUUCGAGCCAUAUUUGCUCGCAACCAUGUCAAGCAAGUCUUCAGGGCAUGGGUUGACUUCUGCUUCAUCCAGCUCUCCCCCACCUACGCAGCUGAGAACGGAGAUCGUGAGAGGACGCCGCACCAUCGCAUCCGCCGUCAUCCGACCCCUUCAACCGGCGAGCCGGCACUAGAGAAGUCCAGCUCAACAGCCUCCAAAUCCCCCGAGAAGAGCAGCGUCCUUCCUAAGAUCGCCUCCAAGACCUUUCCUUUGUCAAUUCCGGACCUGCUGGGCCAGGGAGAUCGCCCGCACGACAAGCUGAGAAUCGCCGUGGUGGAGAAGAGCAGCUCGAGCAGCCUGAAGGGCAAGACUGUCUCCCCCAUCACGCGCAAGCACACGGCGCCGUGCUUGGCGAGGACGAGGCGAUGGCUACCCUCCACCCCGAGAGUGAAGUUUGUGGACGAGGAUCAGUCCUUCAUUGAAGAUCACAGCAACGAAGGUUACCUCGUAUCUGCGAGGGGCAUUCAGAAGUUGCCAUCAGAGCUGCGGAGCAAUUGGAUCGCUAGACCGGAGGCGUCAGUGAGGUCGUUCAAGGCCCUCAAGCAGAUGUUGAAGCGAGAGAGUGUGGAGGUCUGGGAGGUGCAGGACAACAACAACUCGGAGCUCUACAACCUCGUCGCCUACCCGAGGAAGAAGGAGACGACCGACCUCUACGAGCGACACCUCAGCUCUCUGCUGACCAUGAGGCAUGUCGAGUCGUCAGGCCUCGUCAAGCUGGUCGACUCGUUCGCCACGAGCUCGAGGAUGUGUCUGGUGGUGGAGCAUACCCCCCUCGGCCAUCUCGGCUCGAUCGUGUCGAGCGACGCGUGCGGUCCCCUCCCCGAGCCCAUCCUCUCCCUCGUCGUCCGCCAGCUCCUUCGCCUCCUUCAGCGCCUGCACGCGGCCGACUUGACGCUCGGGGAGCAGCUGAGCCUUGAGAGCGUGUGGGUGUGCGGAGACGGGCGGCUAAAGCUGGGGGUCACGUCGCCCAUGGUCAAGUUUAGCAGGGCGGAUGCGGCGGCAGCGAGGAGGAAAGACCUGUCGCUAUUGGCCGAGCUGUGCGGAGAGGCUUCAAGGUACGAGAUCUCCUCCUCCUUCCAGGCGCGCGAGGAGCUGGAGGCAGAAAUCCGAGCAACCAAGAAGAAGCUCGGAUCCCUCAAGUCCGAUCGCGCCAUGAUCGACAGCCGCCGGCUCGCGCACUCGAACAACCAGCCGGACAGGAAGCAAGUGCUCAACGAGGAGUCGAGGAGAGCAGAGAUCGUGGAGAGCAUCGGCACGCAGCAGGCGAGGCUCGACGAGCUCAACGGGAUGUUGCACAAGCUCGACGAGAUAGUCCAGCUGUUCCCCAUCUCCUUCAGCUCCAAGGGACGUUGCAACGACUUCGUGUCGAGGAGCAGGUCAGACGUGUCGGUAACUUCUCAGCUCUCCCAUCCCUUCAUCAGCAACUACAUGGACCUUGGCUAUAACGCGCUGCUCCGCUGGAUGCAAGUUGGGGGGACGAAGGGAGAGGGGAACAAGCUCGCCAAGACGCUGUACGAGAUGGACCCGGCGGUUGAGGAGGAGAUGGAGGGAACGCAGAGGUCGGAGAACAGAGAGCAGGAGGCGGGGAAGCGCUUCUCACGGCAUGGAAGCAUGCGGUUCUAUCACCCCGAGCUGAGGAGGAUCUUCGACAAGUUCGCCAAGUUGGAGGGGAAGCAGAGCAAGAGGCCGUUCCUGGACCUGCAGGCGCUGACCUGCCUGAUCCGCGACAUGUUCCCUGGGGAAUUCACGCAGGAGGAGGUGGAGGAAGGCUUCAAGGAGAUUGACAGGCAGCAGGAGGGGAGGAUACACUUUGGGGAGUUUGCGGAGUGGUGGACGGAGAUGAACGUGAGUGACAAGCUGGGGCUGGUGCAGGCGAGGAGGAGGGCGAAGCUCGACCUCGACCUGGAAGACGACCAGGAGAAGGUGGAGAGGGGAUUGAGGAUGCACCUCAACAGCUGCUUCAGGAGGUGUGUGCCUUCCUGA